AUGAACCUAGCCUCAAUUCCAUGGGGAUCCAUGAUCCGCGGCAUCCUAGGCCUUGUGCUUCUGUGGCAGGCCACCCAGCUGCUACACUGGUUGUGGUGGCGCCCGCGGCGGUUGGGGCGGGCGCUGCAUGCACAGGGGCUCAGAGGAACUCCGUAUCGCUUCCUCACCGGCGACAUUAUUAAGGCCGGCCAACGAAACAGGGCAUGGUCGAAGCCCAUGUUGCUGGGUUGCCACGACAUUAGUCCCCAUGUCGCUCCGUUCCUCCAUGACGUCCUACGGAAGCAUGGCAAGACGUGUGUGUCGUGGCUUGGCCCGACCCCAAAGGUAACCAUUGUAGACCCUAGCCUAGCCAAGGAGGUGAUGUCCAACAAGUUCGGCCAUUUCGAGAAGCUCAGGUUCCCGGCGCUGUCGAUGUUGCUUGCCAAAGGUGUGGCGGACUACGCGGGCCAGAAAUGGGCCAAGCAUAGGAGGAUCCUCAACCCCGCAUUUCAUCUCGAGAAGCUCAAGCUCAUGCUACCUGCGUUUUCUGCGUGCUGUGAAGAGCUUGUUGGUAAAUGGAUGCGGUCCCUUGACCCUAACAACUCAUGCGAGUUGGAUGUCUAUCCAGAACUUCAGAGCCUCACCGGAGAUGUCAUUUCUCGCAUUGCAUUCGGGAGUAGCUACCUUGAUGGAAGGGAGAUUUUCCAGCUGCAAUCCGAGCAAGCCGAGCGCCUCUUGACCAACCUGAAGAAGAUUAUCAUUCCUGGUUACACAUUCUUGCCUACAAGAAACAAUCGAAGGAUGCAUCAAAUUAACAGAAAGAUUGAAUCCAUUUUGCGUACUCUAACUGAGAAGAGAAUGAAAGCAAUGCAAGAAGGAGAAAGCACCAAAGAUGACUUACUCGGUCUAAUGCUCCAUUCAAGCAUGACUGCCACAAAUGAAAAUAGUCAAUCCAUCCCGGGAAUGACAAUUGAAGAGGUCAUACAGGAAUGCAAGCUAUUUUAUUUUGCAGAAUCAGAGACAACAUCAGUAUUACUCACAUGGACAAUGAUAGUACUAAGUAUGCACCCAGAGUGGCAAUACCGUGCAAGGAACGAGAUCCUUGGCAUAUUUGGGAAGAACAAACCUGAGUACGAGGGCUUUGGUCGACUCAAAACGGUGACCAUGAUUCUAUAUGAGGUUCUUCGGCUAUACCCACCGGCCAUCACAUUCAUUCGAAAGACAUGCAAGGAUAUGAAGAUCGGAGGCAUCGCAUACCCAGCCGGCAUCCUCAUCGAACUACCCGUGUUGUUCAUCCACCACGAUCUUGAAAUUUGGGGCAACGAUGCGCUUGAGUUCAAUCCGGAGAGGUUUGUCGAGGGGAUCUCCAAGGCAUCCAAGGAUGCGGGUGCAUUCCUCCCAUUCGGUUGGGGGCCACGGGUCUGCAUCGGCCAGCAAUUUGCGCUUCUUGAGGCCAAGAUGGCAAUGUGUAUGAGUCUUCAACAUUUUGAGUUCAGCCUUGCACAGGCAUACACUCAUGCACCGCACAAUGUGACAUUUUUGCGUCCGAUGCAUGGUGCUCAAAUUAAGCUCUGCGCGAUUUGA